AUGCCUGACUUUUCCAACCUGCCCUCUGUCAUCAUAGAACGAAUUAUUCGGUUUGCUGUAAAAACGGACAUUGACGACAUCAGCACUUGGAACUACACCCUGCCACUGCUCGCUGUCUGCAGCAGCUGGAGAGACAGUGCCACUAGAAUUGUAUAUGGUAGAGCGUACUUGGAAGGCCCCAACGACCGUGAUAGUGACGAUGACAGUAACAGCAACUUACCGAAAAAGCCUUUUGACAGCAACAUUGACCUUAUAAUCUCAACUGGCAACGUGCCUGCGGUGAAGCACAUCGGGAUGUAUAUCCGCAACCUGGACUCCUUCAAGGCGAGCAUCGGAAGAGUAGAUUCCAUUUUUGGGUUUAACGACCACGAGUGGACCGGCGUGACAUCAAUAGGAGUCGUCAUUGGUAUUGACGAGGACGACAUUGAAGACGUAGAUCCGCAAGUGGUAUCAAAUUUAGAAAAGCAAGUAGACUACUUUGCCAAGCGGAUGGCUCAAAGGGUGCCGCGAGUUGUACAUAUCAGGAUGUAUACCGAUAACUUAAGAACGUUGAGCAAGCGGUUUGGACAAAAGCUAACCGAGGCAUAUUCUGGUCAGCUCAGUUCUCUCAACUGUUGCUAUACAAAUUUAGUAGGUAUUUCGGCAUUCUCAAACCAACUGACUUCGCUUGUUGUUCGUAUGAAAGACGAGAUCGGUGGCAUACUUCCUUGGAUCCCCACAGCAAAAAUCAAGACGUUGAAUCUGAUUGACUUGCCUGUUGAUUUUGACUGGACCCAGUUCCAGAGCACGCCUGAGCAAACGUGCAUUGAGUUUUCCAAUCUGCGCAAUCUCCAGCUCGCCUACCAGAGAGAAUAUUCGGAGGACAUCUCGAGUGAUUAUGUAGCGCUGGUAGAAAAUCCUCUCAACGACGCAGUUGCCAAUGCUUUUGCAAAGAAGGCGCGUUAUUUGCACUGUGAAAACCACACUGCGCUCAAGAUAGCAUCCUUCUCUGAUGAUUUGGUUUACUUGGAUGUCAAUGUUGCAAAAGGCGAAUGGGACUGUUUUCCGAAAAUAAACACCACGAAAUUGCAGCACCUGCGCUUGAAUAACGUGCCUUUUGAUUUUUCGUGGGAAAAGUUUCGGAAUUGCUUGGAGGACAAAAUUAUUGACUUUGGAAGACUGGAGCAUUUCGAACUUGGUUUUAAGCCGAGUCUUGUUGACACGCAAUCAGAUUAUAGCGAAUUUAUCAAAUUACAGUUAUCGAAGACUGGUGACGAGCAGAACAGCAUAAACUGUCCCAGACUCUCUCGUGUGAAAGUCACUAAUGCAAGUCAUCGAGCCCUGCAAAAAGUAAUUGAAACCGGAACAUGUGUACCAAAUUUUGAUGAUAUUGACGAUACUGAUGAUAUUUACGAUACUGAUGAUACUGACAAUACUGAUGAUAUUAACGAUACUGAUGAUAUGAGUGAUUCAAACAUUGUGGAGCCAUUGCGCGAUGUUGAUAAAGACUUGCAAGCGGCAGUUGCAGAAUUUGCGCGUAAAAUCAAGUUACAACUGCCAAACAUAACAUGCUUGGUACUAGAAAUCGAGAAAACCAACCACAAUGAUACUGAUUUGGGAAUAGUCCUACCUGCAAUUUAUGAAUAUCAAGACGGCAAUGAUUGAAGACAUUUAGUCUAUUUUUAAUAUUUCAAAUUUG